UUGGAUCUGAUUCAUGAAUGGGUGAGUGGACGGACAUUGACCUGAGUGAAGCGGGGUGAACACGAUUCGUGUUCGAUACAACCAUCACUGGCAAGAGCAACAAGUCGAUAGAUGAAGCGAGCCACACUGCGCUCGCGUAGUAUGCAGAAAAGAGCGACGCCACAGAGGGCACACGACAGGAACAGACAUGCCGGUCGUCUGUACGCACUUAGCUUUGCCCUUCCCUACCGUGUUUUCCAUUCCUCGAUAAAAUGACCAAAAACACGUGUUCGCGGACACAGCGCUUCUUCCAUGAAGCUCUUGUGCACACAGGCGUACAGAUCGUCUGCAUGCAGGUAUGGAUUCUCCUUCUCACCGUGGAAUGAUGCCAUUCACGCCAGCUCCUGCUGGCUGAUGUGGAGACACACCGAAGGACACGCCCCCUCCCCCCUGCAGCUGCUGCUGUUGGAUCAAGGCAGCCAUCUGCUGACACGUAUGGGCAAACAUCUGCUCCAGCCGUUUUAGCUCAGCCUCUCUACUGUCAUGCGGGCUGGCUUGUCUACUCGGCUGUGUGGGCGGAUACGUGUUAUCGGUCUCAUUGUCGGCCGAUCCCACGACAGUAAAGCGCCUCUCCUCUACCUCGGCCUCCCAUUGAAUCCCCCUCAAUGUGCUCUGCGGACACAUUCAGUAGGCGCACACUCGAUUGCAUUGCGUCCCACCCACCAGGCCUAACUACCUGUUUCCUGUACAAUCUCCUGGCGUUUACUCGCUCCCGAUCUCCCUGUGUCUGCAGGAUGCCCCUGGGCUGCUCGACAAUAUCCGCUGCAGAGAGGGGCUUGUCGGGCAUCGGCAUCUUGCCAGCCACGUCCGGCCGGAGUGAGGGCGACCUGUCAUUUACAGGAAGGAGAAACCGUUUUGGCUUGGCCGCUGCGCUAGAGUCGAUCGGAUGCAUGUACGUGUCUGCACACCUUUUCACAUGUGCGUGGCUGCUGUACCGCCUAUAGGCCCUCUGGUGCGGCCAUGAUCGAGGAUCCACCGGCACACAGAGCUGCAUCUCGAUGUCUCCCUCCUCGAAGAAGGUGUAGAGGGACGAAAGGAAGCAGUUGCGAUGGUUCGCGUGGGACAAAUCGAGCCACCCAUGCAGACGAGUGAUGUCCGUCACAAUGACCAGGAUAUAGGGGCUGUUCCCCAAGAACAACACCGUCAUGUACAGGGCCGCACAGAACGGGGCAUCUGCAGUCAGGUACACACAUGAAUGAAUGCAUCAUAUCAUGUAUGUCUCACUGACUGACCGUAUUUGCGUGCCGCGUUGACCUCAAUGAGCAGAUCGGUGCUGUCGUCCAUCCAGCUGGCGUGGUGGAUAUGAGUCCCCUGACCCGCGACACGACCAACGGCAGCCGGCACAUCGUCCAGCCCCUCAAGAGACAGGGAAGAGUUUCGAAACAAAAGUGCCUUCUUGUCGUGGUAGGACUGGAGGUGGCGAUCAGAGACACCACCGUAGCGCUUGUUGAGCCGCCCCAGGUGCUCCGUGAUCCUGUGGCACACCGACGCAUCCCGCUCUUCCCUUAAGAGAAUCUGCGGGGGAUUCCCGAGCAACUCCCAUGGUGUCCAGCCGGUGAGAUUGCAAAACUGUUGACAGAGAGACAACAACACGCUGUGUUUCUUCCGUGUUGUGUGUCUGUGCGCACUUUGGUCGAGACAGCCACGAUGGGACAGCCCAUCAUGGCCGGAUCGCACAAAAUGGCACACAGCUCCAGGCUGCGGAAGUACAUGUCAAAGUUGGCCACCGGUAGGUCCUCUGCAGCUGUGCGAGGCCCUUGUCUGCCCUUGGGUGACGACGCGCUGCCGUACCAGUUCCCGGAUCGUACGAGCCGCGUUGGCUUCGGGUGUCUGUGUGUCCUGAGCUGAUGCGUCGGGGACCGUCAACUCGUUGCUGGCGAUGGAAUGGGCUAUCACUGCAGACAAACACACAGAUGCAGAAUGCAGCGGCGCAGCAGUGCGUUUAUCCUCUUGCGCUCACAUUGCCUUUCCAGGCCCGAGAGAGCGUGUUGUAGAUUUGCAAAGUCGGUCUGAAUGAGGUCAUCUGCAGUGUUGUGCCAGAGGUAAACCGGGUCAGACUGGUCCCCGGCCGUCACCAGCCCCCUCCUCACGCGCCCGACGUCCUCCGUCCCCUCCGGUGGAGCGUCAUCAUGAUGGUCAUCACGGGCUGAUGGCGCUUCGCCAUCCACUGACUCGUCGUCGCUGUCGAAGUUGCCUCUCCUGUACUUGAUGUUCUUGCGGCAUUGCAGGGACGGCAGCACCAGACAGCGGCAGCAGGACAUAGUACUGAGGCCAGACUUGUCAUGGGGGACUGCA